AUGCCCUGCAUGUUCGAGAGCUGUAAAACAAACCAUCAAACGAUAAAGCAAAAUAAUCAGGAUAAAAUUCGCUUCAUAUCAUUCCCCACGACGGAUUUCGCAAAUGAUGAGAUGAGAAAACUGGCCAAAAAGCGGCUUUAUUGGUGGUGUCGAGUGUGUGGGGUAGAUUACACUACGACGCUCAUCAAUCAGCUUCAUAUAUGUUCACGGCACUUCUUGAAAGGAAAUUGUGCUCCGCUCUGGGACGUACACAAUCCGGACUGGAUACCAAGUUUGUACAUUCCCCAACAAGCUCGUCAAUCAGUAAAUGUAACUACGGAAGAAAAUUGUGUAGAAUUCUUACGAAACGAGCAGCUUACAGAGCAAUUGAUCGCAAACCCACUGCUGGACCAAAACCCCGAUAGUUCCGCGCUUCGAUCGCUGUUAAUUGAUGAGAUCAUUGCAUACCCGAUCGGACGAACAUAUUUCCUGUUAGACAAUGAAAGCAAUGAGUUGAAAACUGCCCCAUACGACGCCAAGCAAUUGUCGAAAGAGCUAAAGAAAUGCCUAUCAAAAUCAACACCAAUUGGGCGCAUGGUACUGGAACCGCAUGCACCGGACUGUCCACCGCGAAUGUUUUCUUUCAAUGACACGAUCACAGAAUUGGACCUAUCCAUACCACCCCGGUGGGAAACGGAAAAGAUCAUCAUGCGACUGCAAAACAGUGUGCUGGAGCUGAUCAAUGUGUUGAAUGAGGAAUGUUAA